AUGUUCCUAAUUGUGUCUAAAAUCCAUUUAGACGUUAGAAUUACCCUGCCAUUAGCAUUAUUUGUACAAUCACUGAUUGGUCCGCUGAAGAAUCCGAUAUCUUACAAAUAUUCAAAAAGUCACGAAAUAGAGGUCAAGUCCUAUUGCCGGGACUCUAUAACAGAUUUGAAGUAUCCCUUGUCUGGUGUAUUGAUGCUCUCCGUUAUGGCCUCAGAGACUUAG